AUGCAAAUUUGUCAAAAAUGUAUAAACCUACUGAGUGUCUUAACUGUCGACGAACAGCUUUUCCCAUAUAGAGGUCGAACCCGUUUCACACAAUACAUUCCAUCGAAACCCGCAAAGCAUGGUAUAAAAGUAUGGUGGAUAUGUGAUUCAAAAUAUGCAUACCCACUUAGAGGACUUAUUUAUACUAGAAAAUUAAAGAAUGAACGCGAAACAAAUCAAGGAGAACGAGUUGUGAAAGAAUUGGCUGCUCCAUACAAAGGGUCUGGUCGAAACAUCACUAUGGACAACUUUUUCACCACCUUGCCUUUGUCAGAUUUUCUGUUAUCAUGGAAUCUUACUACUGUAGGCACACUACGAAAAAAUAAAAAAUAUAUUCCAGCAGAAAUGAUGCCGUCAAAAAUACGUGAUGAAUAUUCUACGGUGUUUGGGUUUCAAUAA